AGUCCGCUUCAUUUAGAUGUGAACGGUACUUUGUUUUCGUGAUGUCGUUUCAUACGAAAUCAAUUGAACGCAUUCUUAGCCCAGUAGCUCAACAGGUUUUAAAACUAAUAUUGCUGUUUGAAGAUGCUGGAUCAGGUACAGAGAUUCCUGAUCUGGAAUUUCGCGUAAAUGUUGUAAAGCUUGCAGUUGAAAACCUUAUAAAGGUUGGUCAUCAAACAAUCGAGGCCAGUGAUGACCAGCUGCUACAGAGGGAUAUGCCGCCCUCACUCAAGCGUGUUGAAGAUGCAUCUUUUUAUCUUCAGGAUGCUGUCGUACUGUUGCAAAACGACCCAAGCUCUUCAGAAGCACGAAGAAAAUUGAUAGAAGGAUCUAGAGGUAUACUACAGGGAACAUCAUCUGUUCUUCUUACCUUUGAUAUGUCUGAAGUACGAAAAAUCAUCAGACACUGCAGACGAGUACUUAGUGUCCUAGCCACUGCGGAACAUGUUUCGAGUCUCACUGGUUUGGCUGAUUUUGUCAAGCGACUAACCCCUUGUAUGGCGGAUAUGAUUAAAGAAGUAGAUAAUCGACAGGAAGAAUUGACUAUUCAAUCUCACUCUGCCCUACUUCUUAGAGGUAUAGAACAAGUGAAACGUCUUACGCCUAUUUUAAUAUCGUCUUUGAAACUGCACGUAAAUACACAUCAGAAUCACCUACCUGGAGCUGCUGAAAGUCAAGCGAAUCGAGACUUCUUGUUGUCUGAAAUGUCCAGUGAGAUACAUGAAAUCAUACGUGGCUUACAGCUUACCGAAACGGAUUCAUCAGAGUUAUUCGAUGAUGACUUAGCAGCUAUGCAUAUGAAUAAAGCAGCUUUUGAUAGCCGUCUACAGUUUGUCAGCGACUGGAUUUCUGAUUCGAAUUGUUCCGUUGCAAUGACAGCUGGUGAGAAAGCACUGAAUCAAGUUUUGAAUUCAGCAAGAAAUUUAGCCAAUUUAAAUCAAACAAGUUCAAAUAGUAAAGCAAUAAUCCAUUUAUGCGAUGAAUUAAACGAUUAUGCACAGUCACUUAUUCACUUAAGAAGAAAUGGUCAUGGUAAUGGAUCAGAAGCAAGUCAUAUUGCCAAUACACUUAGUACAAAAUUAAAUCAAUUAUCUAGAUUAUGUAAAGAUUUAACAUUACGUGAUAAUAAUGGUGAUGGCGUUGGUGAUCAACAGCAUCAUACAUGUAAUCCAUUAUUUCGUUUGGCUAGAACACUUGAAGGUAAACUAGUUCAAGCUCAACGUUGGUUAACUGAUCCUCGUGGUCCAUUACGUCAUGUUGGCUUAGAAGCAUGUCGUUCAUUAGCUCAAGGUGCAAGAAAUAUUAUCAUGUCAUUUGAUAGUAUUGAUAUUUCUGCCAAUAACAAUAAAAUAAAUGCUAACAGUAGUCCAACUGAAGACAAAGGGACAAAUGAUGCUUGUUUAGAAUCAUGUGAACAUGUUGAGAGAGUUUCUGACAAACUUUUUGCAAUAUCUUCUCAACCAUUAACGGCAGAAAAUGAAAUCCAUCAACAGGAUUUAGCAAUGGCUAUCAGUCGUAGUUUGGCGUAUAUAUGGCAAACAUUAGAGAAAUUAUUAACAAGACAAAUUGCUGAAGUUUACACAGAUCUUGUUGGACCAUUACGUCAAUUAGUAGAAUCUGCAUCUCCAUCAUCUGGUAAUUUACCAGAUCAAAAUGAUUACAAUGUGAAAAUGAAAGAAUUUCUAACUCAAUGUAAUCAACUUGUUAAUACUGGAGAAUUAGCUGCAGCUACAAAAUUAUCCGAUGUAUGGCGUUCUGAUGCAUUACGUUGUUUAACUAGUCAACUUAAUGAAUUAGGUGCACAAGUUGUAUUAGCUGGUCGUGCAGUUAUUCUAUCAGCUGAUCCAAAUUUACAAUUACAACCUGGUGGAGCUAGUUUAAAACAAGCUACAUCAGAUCAUUUUCUUAUGAUGCGUCAACAUUGGACAGAUACAGCUGAACGUAUGAGGGCAUUAGUUGAUGAAGCUGUUGAUGCUAAUGCAUUCAUAGCUGCUCAAGAGAUUGGAAUGUUACGUGAUUCGGCCAGAACAGAAAAUAGUAUUGCUGCAAUAUCAACAACUGGUGUAGUUGAAUCUACAACACGUAUUGCACGACGAGCAAAUCGUGUACUUCAAUUAAUCACACGAGAAGCGGAUAACAGCGAAGAUCCAUUGUAUGUUGAUCGAAUGAAUGAUGCGGUGAAAGCUUUACGAUCAACUAUCACACCAAUGGUGAAUGAUGCAAAAGGUUUAGUAACAAAUAUUGAAGAUCCACGUAUGCAUGAUCAAUGGCGUUUAUCAAAUCGUAAUUUAUUAACUGCUGUUAAUUCAGUAAAACAAGCUGUUAGUCCAUCAUUUAAUAAUCCUAUUAAUUAUUAUCAUGAACAUUAUCGUCCAAUAUCUGUACAUAAAAAUGGAAUUAAUAGUACAAAUACAAGUAUUAGUAGUAAUAGCUGUAAUAAUAUACAUAAUAAUAAUAAUUAUAAUAACAACAGUGUCUCAUCAUCUAAAUCAUCACAAGCUUCUAUAAAAGAGAUAACACCUUCAAUUCCUCUUCGAGAAAUGCAAGAAAUAUCAAUUACAGAUGAGGAUCGACAACAACAAUCUGGUACUAUUUCUUUAGAUGAUGCUGUAUCUACUACAACAACAGCAGCUGGUGUUCCUGCACGAACCAGUACACCUGAUACGGAAGUUGAUGAGGAAUUCAACUUUCCACCACCUGAAGAAAAUCAACCAAUUAUGGCCGCUGCUCAUGCAUUACAUCAUGAAACACGAUUAUGGUCUAGUCGAGACAAUGAAUUAAUUGCAGCAACUAAACGUAUGGCUGCUUUAAUGGCUCAAUUAAGUCAAAUUGUUCGUGGUGAAUACGGUACAAAGAAGGACCUAAUUAAUGUUUCUAUGGCUAUUGCUGAAGCAUCUUUGGAUGUUAAUCAAUGUGCAAAAGUAUUAGCUAAAGAAUGUACAGAUCGUCGUAUACGUUCGAAUCUUUUACAUUUAAGUGAUCGUAUUCUCACUAUUGGGAACCAAUUGAAAAUCUUGUCCACUGUAAAAGCCACUAUGCUUGGAACACAAGGUAGGUAGUGGUGGUGGUUGUGGGUUUUUUUUUUCAACAAAAAAUAAGGUUGUCUAUUAAUAACUGUUGCCAGAAAAUUUGGAAGGCAUUAAGUGGCUUUCAUUAUUCAUCUCUUCUUAUAUCUUGAGUUUUGAACUUAUCUCAUAUUUUAUAUCCAGCGAAUGUCCGGCUCUUUAACCGGACCUCAAACCAAUGGUGAACAUGGGCUCCAGUAUCCUGCCUGAAGGAACAAAUGGCGUAUGAACCAAUCGUUGGUCACCGACUACCAUGAGACUGCAUCUCCUUACGAUGCUCCACUGCCUUGUGGGUCAGACUUUCAGGUCAAAGGCUCGGGGUGUGGCCCCCUAAGAAAACCACCUGCUUCGGUUUGGGCACCCGAGCAGUAUCACACCCUCACACAAAUCAAUUGAGAUUCGUGUGGCACAUAUGUACUUGGUGCCUCCCUGUACUUAUACCUAUGUGUUAAAAUAAAUAAAUAAUCCAGUGGAUUUAUUCUUUUGUUCAGAAGAACUAUGAGAGCUCCACGAUUAAACUAUCCCGCUAAAAGAACAAAACUCCAUCCCGAUUUAUUCUUUCUUUUUUUAUAAUUAUAUUACUUAUACCUAAUCUUUUCUACUACUGAUUAAUUUCAAUACCAUGAGCUAGGAAUUACUGUUCAAUCACACAUAAACCAUAAAUUAGUGAAAUUUAGGUUUGGACAGUUUGUUACUCUAGUCUUAUAUGGAUAUAUGUCAAAAAGUUACGUUUGAUUACUGAAUAGAAAUCGAUGAAGGUUAAGCAACCUUCUUUGUGAUAUUUUAAUAGUAAUAUGCAGUGUGUGUUACUUAUAUGGAUAGAUAUCAGUAGUAUGUAUCAAGCAUAUGAAGUAGAAUUCUUUAUGAAAGAAGAAGAAAACAAAGAGAAUAGAAAGGAAAACAGAAGGGAAUUGAAAUAUCAACAGAAAUGAAAGAACGAUUUAGUUUGUUAGGAAUAAUUCAAGGAUGAUGAGCAAAUAGUGUAUUUAAUACAUUGUUCCUAUAUUUACAAAUUCACCGUUACAAAAGUGAAAUAUUCUGAAUUCCUUAUGAUAGACAUAAAGUUACAAACUAAUUAAACUGUUUAAAACGCAAGGAUGUAGGGGCUAUUGAAAUAUAAUUGCUAUAGGAAUACCUCAUGACUGUUGCACCUUCACUAAUAUACACAGAUAUAUGUGGAAGAUAUUAACAUAGAAUGUUUUUGAACAUACUCAUGAAGAGGCCAAUAGAAUCAUAGCAUUACAAAAUAGUUAAUUACACUAUCAUGGAUAGAUUUUAAUGGUUUAAUUUUCUAUGAAAUUACAUUAACGUUGUCAGAUUCAGUUGAACACUUCAC